AUGCCAUCCUAUCCCGCUGCGCCGGUAGCAAACAGUUUGUUGGCUUCCCCAUCCGCCGCCGCCGCAGCCGCUACAAUCACUACUACAACUCCAACUACAACCGCCGCCUCGGUCCUCUCUGGCCGGGACUAUAAGCAAGUGCAGGCACGUAAUCAACCCAGGUUACUCAGCCAAGAGGUUCCGGCAUGUGCUCUCCCUUGCCUGGAAGCCUUCAUAUCCUCAGACAGAGCUUGGGACCAUUGUCCGGACCCUCUCGAUGCCAACUGUCUCUGCAAAAAGAGGUCAACUACCGGAUUCACCGUUGCGGAAGCUGGCUUGCGCUGUGUUGCCGAGAACUGUCACGACGCAGAAGUGGAAGAGCACCGGGUCUACAAUAUAUGCUCUGGAAUUGAAGGAGCUCUCCCCAAUACUCAUCCUGUCCUUGGGAUAUCCUCAACAGCCCUUCCAAAACCGACCAUGACACCUCAUCCGGGACCACCAAUGGCGUCGACGACUCCCAUGGCUCCAGCUCCGCCAGCUCCUACUCCUCCUGCCCCAGCUCCCCCGGCUUCAGAGUCUCUACCUAGCAUGUCGAUGAUGAUGGAAACUCCGGCACAGACUGUGUCCUCGUCGCAGAUUACCAGUCUGCCUGCCUCGUCAAGCACCAGAGGCAUACCUGGCGUCGGUCUGCCAACUGACACCAUCGACUUUUCAUAUGUCUAUUCAUCGCCCACGGAGACAGGUUCAGCGUCCGGAGACGCCGGCGGCGCAGGCCGCUCGAACUUGGUCGGCCUCUAUGUCGGUGGUGGCAUCGCCUUCGCCUCCCUCGUCGCUUUCGUUCUUUUCUUCUUCUUCCUGAACAAACGUAGACAAAGGGCGAAGCAAGGCCGGAUAGCGGAGAAGGGACAAAAGGGACCGUAUCUUAAAAUAGACCCUGCCAUGGCCGAGUCGAGAGCAACGCCGGCUUUGAGCAUUUCCAAGGCUUCUUCCAAGCCGAGAAGCUCAGUGUCUCGAUACCAGACUUUGCUGCCUAUCGACAUGAUGCCGUGCUCGGUUGCGUACUUUCAACGAAAUACCCGCGACUUUGAGAAUGAGUAUCUAAGCUCUAGAGGGCCGAGUGUGGUCUCCCAGCGAACAGAAUCAGACCUCUUACCUGAUAAUCCUUACUGUGCCAACACUGGUGCUGGCGGGUCUCGAGCGGUGCCAAAGGAUCACGGUCCUGGGUCGGGGUAUAGCGGAGCGAUGGCAUUCGGGGCUGGGGAUGGUUCUGGUAACCGCGGGCUAGCAAAGGGCUCCUUGCAUCGGGAUGUGUCGCAGGCGGUGGUUGAUCCACUACGCAGUGCUUCCUCACUCAACUACAGUCCAGCAUUGGUUCAAUCGGGCCACAGAGCCGUGAGCCAUAGUCCGCAUAGCUACAAUGGCGGGCCUGGAUACCCUACUCACAGCCCGAACUUGGGUCAGCAGAAAUCCCCAUCUGACCCCAGAUAUCUCGCCGUACCCUCAAUGGUACAUUCUUCCCUUGGACGCAGCAGCCAUGGGAACUCUAGGGAUCAGGUCCUUGCCAGCCACUCGGCACCUCCAUUCGCCCCUCCCGAACCCGUCACGUCGAGAAGCAUCAAUUCAUACCACAGCCAUAUCCCGAGGCAACUGAGCCCGGUACGGGAGGUCCCCAGCACCGGCCCUCCCAGCUCAGCAGGAUCGCCCGAAAUCCCCCAACAAGCCUACCGUCCAGGCCACCUUUCCUAUCUCACCGAAAGCGAUGGCGCAAGCGAAGUUUCUAUCCGCACAUACUCGAAACUCGUUCCUCCACCUCUAGCCACCCGAAACUCCACCCCAGGCAGCCAGUCCACCGAAGCUCUUCCCGACCAUUCUCCCACCCUCCCCAAAUCCAUGCACGCCUGCUCCAUCUACUCAUACUAUUCCUCCCCUCGAAGCAGCGGAGAACACUCCCCGCGACUAACACACCAAUCCUCUUCCAACUCUAAUCAUAAACCCAGCAACCUGCUCGUCAAACGGCGAGGCGAGAAAGUAGCUGGUAAGAUGGGCAACGAAUUUACGCUUCCUGCAAAAUUACAACGACCCAUUCAGAUCGAACACGAUCGGAUUCAUGAUGAUGACGAUUCGACAGCCUCAACUACCCCGCGCUCCAGCAAGCAAAUACUCCCCACGCACAAUAAUACCGCUGAACCUGAACCUACUUCACCAACGGGUCACAAGAUGACACCAUCCAAGCGUGGCGCUGAUAUGUAUCUCAAUAUCGACUAA